AUGUCCAUUGUCGAACAAUCGGUCGCGAGCCAGGGGAUCAUCGUCCCGCCAAGUUUACCGAUAAUUUUAAAACAAUUUUGCAAGGCAGCUAUACGAACCCAACCGUACGAUUUACUUAAAUGGUCCAGCUCGUACUUUCGAGCGUUGGCUGACGGCGAGGACCCACCAACAAAACUGAGACUCGAAUAUCCACCACCGAGCACCGCUUCCGGAUUGACGCUUGGUUUUCUUAGAAUUUUGCUAAGGCAAUUCGGAGAUUAUAACAAAUCGUUGCCCGUGGAAAUGAUUUUACGUCGUUGGGAUUGCUUGUGCUUGGACCGACGAGAUUUAAAUUUGAUCAUGAUGAUCGGGAAAUUUCGACGAAGGUGUCAGGUGAAAAAGUUUCUGGCUAUAGCGGUGGGCCUCUUAGGAUCGAGUCUCUUCGAGACGAUGAUCAUGAUUUGUGAAUUAUUCACUCACGAACCCGAAGGAGGAUCAGCUAUGGUUCCUGUUACGUUGUUCAUGGAGAUUUAUGGGUAUUUGGCAGGACUUCGAUGCGACGGUAGCGAAAGGGACUCCUCCGAUGAAGAUCCGACAGAAUUCAUUUUAUGCAACGAAUCCAACGAUUCUAGAUCAUUUGCGAGCCAAGAACCUAGCGAUGAUAAGUUCUCCGUGGAUCGUGUUUGCUCUAUCGCGAGCCAAGACACCGAAGCGGACGUAAAUUUGGAUUUGGAGCUGGUGUCAAAGGAAGACAUUGACUCCUCAAGAACCGAUAUUACGCCACAAUUAGGCGAGAGUUAUACCGAUCAGAGAAAAAUGGUCGACGAUAAAACCGAGCAAGAUUCUUCCAGCGAAGGAACUUUGAAAGUAGAAGAAAAUAAUGAGAAUUCUGGCGCGGAUGCUGAAUUGAGUAAAAGAUCUCGGUCGAGCGACGGGAAAAAAUCGACCAAAAGUGAAAAUAUAUCUGACAAGUGUACGUCUGGCAGCAAUACUCCAGACGGAAAUGCAAGUAAAGAUCAAAGUGUUCGUAGCAUAGAUCGUAAAGCUUCGAGCGGUAAAAGAAGAAAAAAAAUCCUAGAUCCAAAAUCGCUUAAGUAUCGUCCGAAUGUUCCUGGUAUUGGACCUCGUUUGUCGGCUGAAGAGGUAGCCAGUGUGGCGAUAUGGAUGAGCGAAUGUGCAAGAAUACAGGAAGGUAUGGUAGGUCCACGAAAUUUUCGGCAUAUGAAUUGUCCUCCUUUAGACAGACAACAAAUAUCGGAAUCAUGACGUUAAAUAAAUUUUCGCAAUCUCUGAGCUUGCAAAUAAUUUUGCAUCAAUAAUAAUGCAUUGAACGCACGUCACUUCUCUAUUAAAAACAGCAAAAAAAAACAAUUGCAAUAACUUUACAUAAAUGUUCAAAAAUUGAAAUUGUUAAGGUAUGUAAAAUAGUGUUUUGUUUAGAAUGUUUAAAAUUUACGUUUAUUGUUAAGUCAUGUAUAAUUAGUGGACGUGGAACAUAUUGUUAUACUUGCCAGUAAAAUAGAAAACACUGUAGGAAAACCAGAAAUGCAUUACACAGUAUUAUCAGAUGAUAUUAUUAUCCUACUUCAUUUAUUUUAAUGUUUUUUUACUUUUUAGUAGA